AUGACGGUGCAAGAAAAAGAAAUCCUGGCCGAGAGGAAAGAGCCUCCAGCCCAGCCGCUCGAUGAGAUCCAUUGGUUCAAGCGCCUGGAGUGGUUCCGGAUGUUCAUCAUCUGGGGCAUUCCUUUGCUCGGCUUCAUCGGAGCCACCCAGGUUCCCUUGCACAAGAAGACGGCUAUCCUCACGAUCGUCUAUUAUUUUAUCAGUGGGAUCAGUCUUUCGGCAGGUUAUCACCGGCUCUGGUCCCACCGCGCCUACACCGCGACCGCAGUAACGCGGUUCUUCCUCGCUUUCUUCGCAGCAUCCGUUGGCGAAGGCAAUGCCUACACGUGGGCGCGCGACCAUCGUGCCCACCACCGCUUCACGGACACUGAUCAGGAUCCGUACAGCGUGCACAAGGGCCUGUUCUAUGCCCACUUCGGCUGGAUCAUCUUCACGCAGGACCGCAGCCUCACCGGGCGCACCGACGUGUCCGACCUCAAGAAUGACAAGAUUGUAAUGUGGCAACGGCGCAACUACAUGUCGCUGUUCGUGCUCACUGCGUUCAUCUUGCCCACAGUCUUCGCGGGGCUACUCUGGGACGACUGGUGGGGCGGCCUGGUGUACGCUGGUGCCAUCCGGAUGUUCAUUGUCCAACAGAGCACCUUCUUUAUCAACUCCAUCGCCCACAGUCUCGGUGACCAGACCUACUCCGACCGACACUCCCCACGCGACAGCGUCAUCACCUCCUUCCUGACCGGAGGCGAGGGCUACCACAACUACCACCACGAGUUUCCCAUGGACUACCGCAGCGGAGUGCGCUGGUACCACUACGAUCCGCCCAAGUGGACGAUCUACAUCCUGUCCUUAUUUGGGAUGACCUCCGACCUCAAGCAGUUCCCCGACAACGAGGUCAGCAUGGGCGCGCAUCAGCAGAGGAUGAAGAAGUUGAACCAGGAGGCCAAGGGGAUCAGUUGGGGAACCCCGGUUGAGGACCUUCCGCUGUUGACCUGGGCGGAGUAUACCGAGAGAGCGAACGGCGGCCACCAUUUGAUCUGUCUCAAGGGGGUUAUCUACGAUGUGGCUCCGUUUGUACAUCAGCAUCCCGGUGGUACCAAGAUCAUUCUUAGCUACGUGGGGAAAGACGCCACAGAGCAAUUCUUUGGCGGGGUCUACGCCCAUUCGAACGGAGCGGAGAACUUGCUGUGCGGCAUGAGAUACGCCAGGCUCGUGGAGGAGACAAAAUAA